GUUGAUUUUAAUGACUAGCAGCCCAAGUUAAUCAAGCUCAGACCUACCGACAUUUGAAAAAAACCGCACAAUUUUGUCUGCAUUUUCUAACUAAAACCCCUUUAUACCUUCAUGCUUCUUAAAGUUAGUUACCCAAAUUCAAGACGUUAUGUCGACAAAGAAACUUGCCAAAGAACUGGGAUUACUGAGGCAGCGGAGUCUGUCCUCUAAUGGGUCAAAGAAAUCAGUGUUAUCAAAUCAAGAAUUUUCAUACCUGAUUGUGAUAGAUUUUGAGUCCACUUGCUGGAGAGAGAAAAAAAACGUCACCCAGGAAAUUAUUGAGUUCCCUGCUGUUCUGUUGAACACAUCCACUGGGGAGAUCGAGUCUGAGUUUCAUAAUUAUGUUCAACCCCAAGAGCACCCCAUUCUGUCUGAAUUCUGCACUGAGCUGACUGGGAUUACACAGAUGCAAGUUGAGGCAGGGAUACCCCUUCAGAUCUGUCUUUCUCGGUUCAGCCGCUGGCUGCAAAACUUGCAGCUCGAGAUGGGUGUGGUCUUUCCCAACAGACAGCAGAAAUCUUCUGCACCUUCACCUUCCCAAAAACUGUGUACUUUCCUCACAUGGUCAGACUGGGAUCUCGGAGUUUGUUUGCACUACGAGUGUAAACGCAAACAGCUUCAUAAACCUGAUGUGCUCAACAGCUGGAUAGACCUGAGAAGCACCUACAGGCUGUUUUACGAUAGGAAACCAAAAGGUCUGAACGGGGCACUACAAGAUCUAGGAAUACAGUUUUCAGGGAGAGAACAUUCUGGUUUGGAUGACUCCCGAAAUACAGCUAAGUUGGCAGCGAGGAUGAUGAGGGACGGAUGCGUGAUGAAGAUCACUAGGAGCCUGGAGAGGAAGCCAUCAAUGGUCAAAACCAUGUUUGGAAACACUGCAGACAACAAGAAAGAAAAAUCCAACACUGACAAAAAGGAAAACACACUUACAACAAACAAACCGUCAUCUUCCAAGAUUCCUCCCAAAUUAUGUCAGAUAAAAUCCCGUUCAGAGAACAUUACGGGGGAUUUGGACACAAAUGAGAACUCAAGUUCUGUUCAAAUCUGUCAAAGCCUGAUCGCUCCAAAGACACUGCUGAGUGGUACAACUAUGCCACUAUGGGGAUGCAGCAGGCGGCCAGUUACAGCAGUGGCUGCCACUAAUAUGUCCUCUUCCGUUGUGACAAAUUAUCCUUCACCACAAAUGAACAACGGUAGCCUUGUUCUGUGUUCUACUACUCUGGGCGGUCUUUCACAUCUGCCACAGCCCAACCAGCCCUCCAAAACAGAAGCAGCAAUAGAACGUGUGGAAGAAGCGGAAGGUGCAGAACUUUUAGUGGAAACAGAGGAUAGGUGUGGUUCAUAUGAUGAUGUUGUGUUGGAGGAGGAUGAUGGCUUCAUCAGUGAAACGGAGAGAGGAUUUAACGUUGAUCAUGUGUCCGGUUUUGACAGCGGGUGUCAUGUGGGGGAAGAGCCUGAUAACAAACAUUCACUAGGCGGUCAGGUCACAUUAAGGGACAAAAUCAGAGAAACCGUGAGCGUUGAAAACAACUUAACAACUCAAAAGACAACCAGUGACUCAUCAACAACAUCUUUACCUACAAAAAAUGACAUUGGGCCGCAUUCAACAAUCUCAGAGCCCUUUACUCAUUUUGCCGUGACUCGGGACUCAAAAUCGAAUCAUCACAAAACAGGACUUAGAACCUUUCUUCAAGUACCAGAAACGUCAGAUGAGCCUCAUAAAAACUCUAAAACAAACACCCCCUCUGUAUUCAGACACAAACCCUCCAUCCCAAAAAAUACCUUCACCCCUUAUACCUCAUUUGCCAGGCCCAAAGAAGUCGUCACACAGCACAAGAAGCACAAAGAGACUCCACAAUCUUCCUUCACCAUCUACACUGACCCAGCAAAACCCUCACGUACCUCCUCAUGUGGUUCUUUUUGCACCUCCAACAGUGUCCUCUCCUCCCUGUCAACCAACACAGUCUCCUUACGUGCCAAUCGUUCCUCCAUUUCUGCAAAAGGAGGACAGAGGAUCACAUCCCCACUGUGUGCGUGUGGGCGUCGUGCAAAGCGCCAGUCUGUAUCCAACGGUGGUCCAAACCACGGGCGAGGGUUUUACUGCUGUCCAGUCCGCCGGUCGGGCAGCGGAGGCAGGAUCCAGAAGGGCUGCGAGUUCUUUAAGUGGGAGUCGGCACUGAUGAAGAGCAGUUCAGCGGACGCUCCUGCUGUCGGCUCUUCUGUCUCAUUCUGUCAGAUCAACUCCACUCUGAGCUGUCGGCCACCCCAGAGGUCAACGCUGAGAAAGAGCUAUUAACUAGUUGGAGAGGA